GGGGGAGAAACGCAUCACUACUGCAGUUGGCGCCAUUUGCUGAUGCGGGAAAACACGGGCACACUUUCGACGGAGGAAUUUUUCUGUGAUUUGUUCCAUUGAAGAAACUAUAUUAUGUGUCGGUGAUCUGAGCUCGGUGGCGGUGCGACUCAGCUACUCCGGUAGAUCGAUGAAAUUCUCAGUUUCGCGUAUACAGGAGCCCUAAGCAAUGGAGGACCGAAGGCUGUUGGAGAGAGAGAGGCAUCAGAUUGAGCAGAUUCUUCAGCUUGAUAAUGAGGAGUUGCAAGUUCAGGAAGUUGACUCCCUCCCCCACUCCGACGAUGAUCGCGAUGCUAUUAAUGGGGAUGGUGGUACUGAGGCCUUUGCUGAAUUUACUUUCAAUUCCUCCUUGACAUCUUUGCAUACGUAUCUUGGUGAGGUUGAGGAUUCUCAUCACAGGAUGGCUUUCUUGGAUGGUGGUGCCAUCCUGAACCUCCCUGUAUUUUAUCUUGAAGGUGUUGUGUUGUUCCCAGAAGCUACUCUACCUCUCAGGGUGAUACAAUCAAACUUUAUUGCUGCCAUUGAGAGAGUAUUAACUCAGUUUAACACCCCUAAUACCAUAGGUGUGGUUCACGUCUCCUUGGAUUCUGAUAAUGAGAGACUACAUUUUGCGAAUAUUGGGACAACUGCAGAGAUUCGGCAGUUUCGGAGGUUGGAGGAUGGUUCUCUUAAUGUUCUGGCUAGAGGGAAGCAACGAUUUCGUCUUAGACGCCGUUGGAUUGAUGUUGAAGGAGUGCCAUGUGGAGAAGUUCAAAUUAUCCAGGAAGAUUUGCCAUUAAGGACUCCACGGGAUGCUUUUGGAGAAUUGACUCCAAGGAGUACUGUUCAGCACCACAGUCUCUCAUGUGCAUUGGCUUCAUAUACUUCUUGCUCUAGAUCAUUUACGUCCGGGGAUGAGGAGGAUAAUUCGGCCUCUAUUUCAGAAGAAAGCUUUGAACGUGAGCUUUCAUUGAGAGAGAGGAAAAUCCACCAAGCAGCAAUUGAUUCCAGAGAGUCUUGUAGUGAUGAGGUGAUAACUGGGUCAGAGGCAAAACACCAACGUGCGAUGUCACAUCUAAAUGACUCUGAUUCUGUAGGAUCAGUGCAUUCUGCCCAUGAGAAGGAAAAUGGAAAAUCUGUCCCUGAUAUAGGAAAGAGUUCUACAUCAGCUUGGGAAUCUAGUGAGAGGAAAGAACUCAAAAGAUGUCGAAGAAACUCAAGUUUUACUCUGAUGCAUGGGGUUUCGAAAGCGUUUUGGCCGUAUUGGGUUUACUCGAUGUAUGAUUCAUAUUGUCUUGCUGAAAAAGCAGCAGCUAUGUGGAAGCAGAUAGUGGGGGUGCCAAACAUGGAUGGUUUUGUGAAGAAUCCAGACAUCUUAGCGUUCUAUAUUGCUAGUAAGAUUCCUGUUUCUGAAUCUACUAGACAGGAACUCUUGGAGAUUGAUGGCAUUUCAUAUAGAUUGCGUCGGGAAAUUGAGUUACUGAAGUCUAUUGAUAUCAUCCAAUGUAAAAGCUGCAAGACGGUUAUAGCCCAGCGCAGCGAUAUGUUGGUGAUGUCUACUGACGGUCCUCUCGGUGCUUAUGUGAACCCUCAUGGUUAUGUGCAUGAAAUAAUGACUCUUUACAGAGCAAAUGGCUUGGCACUUAGAGGACGAGCUGAGACAGAAUACAGUUGGUUCCCUGGGUACGCAUGGACAAUCUCAAUCUGUGCCGCUUGUGAAACUCAAUUAGGAUGGCUUUUUACUGCCACAAAUAGGAAUCUGAAACCCAGAUCAUUUUGGGGAAUACGAAGUUCCCAGUUAGCCGAUCCCACACUCUAAUAUGGUCAACUUCGGUUAGCUUUUUCUAAACUUCUUGCAAGUGUAUAGAGAAUAUUCGUGUUUGUAUUUGAAUGCUUUCCUUCUUUAGAUGAGUGCUUCUGUUGCAACAGCUUCUAAGAGUUCACGUUAGAGCAACUGCCCUGCCUCAAAUCUAGAUAGACUAUAUAUUCAUAUGCGACAUGUAAUUAACUGUUUGUUGUAGAUAAUUAACUGUUUGUUGUAACUAUAUCUAUUCAAGAUAGGAGGAGAAAUUGCUGGGUCGACCAUAUUUUAGUGUUUUCUUGUGUUUUGAACAUACGAGUGCAAUUAUAAUCAUCAUUAGUCGGUUAAAUGGCAUUUUAGGCUUUUUGGAGUUCUGUCUAAUAAAUUCUUAAAUUUUAAGAAGUGUUUAAUAAGAUUAUGUUUGAUAGGUCUUUGAAAAAUCAACCGUGUUUAGAAAUCUCUAAGUUCUCAAUUUAGUGUUUUAAUUAACUUCUUUACUUCAAUAAAUUCUUUAUCUAUGGGUAGUCUUUUUUGGUUCAAAGACCAUAUGUUAGAAAGCCAUACAAUUUAAUCCUUUUGCUUUUGCUUUUGGGAUGAUGUCCAAAUCCACAUCCACUUUAUAAUUGAUUUGGUUAAGCACUCAAUAUCCUCAACUCAUUCAACUCUGUCACUGAAGACAAAAAAAUUGAUCUUAAUUGGUUCAAAUGACUAUUGGAGUACACUGAGACUGAUUACUUGCAGAUGGGUAGCGAUGGUUGUAUGCGUUGUUUGAAGUAUUGGUCUUCAAUAGCAAUAGUUCAGUUGGAAGAACCUCCUUCGCUCUAGACAUUACAAUUUUCCAAUCAGAAGAAGGGAUGGUAAGAAUUUUUUGAAGUUUUCCAUCAGAUGAGGAAUGGGAGAAAACUGGUGAUGGUAUGUAGGCCAAAUUGCAAAA